UAAAUCGAUUGUAGUGAUCGAUUGAGUGUGUUGGCACUUCUGCACAUGUCAGACUUUCUCAGUAAAACAUAUUAAUUAGAUAUAAAAAUAUAUAUUUCAUCAUGACGGAAACCAAGUCAAAUGAUUCUGAAAACAAUGCCAAUAUACAACCGACACAACAACCAUCGAAUACUAAAAACGAUUCAAGCAAAGGACCAGAAAGUAUUUAUACUAUACCACUGUUGAAAUUAAUCAAAGAGGCGCAACAACAACAUGGCCUUCGACACGGAGAUUAUCAAAGAUAUCGAACAUACUGUUCUAGCCGUUUGCACAGGUUGAGAAAAGUCCUGCAUUUUCCUCAAGGAGAUAAAAAAGGAUUCAAGAAGAGGGAAGUCACUUUGGACAAUUUAAAGGAUGAAAAGUUUGUUUAUCUUCCCUUGAUUCAAGCUGAAAGGGCUUGGGGAUAUGCAAUGCAGCUGAAACAAGAAUCCAACACUGAACCUCGGAAAAAGUUUCAUUUGGUUGCCAGACUACGUAAGGCUGUAAGCCACACAAUUCAUUUGGAAUACAUUUGCCAGAGUCCUCUAUGUGAUGCAAGGACUAAACUGGAAGCUCAAGCCUAUUCAGCUUGGAUGCAAGGGACUCUUUUCUUCGAACUUCAAGAAUGGAAGCAGGCAAGUGAAAAACUUGUGCUAUCCCAAACCAUUUAUGAAAAACUGGCAUCUGCCCUUAAUGAGGACGAACAAAUCUUGUACAAACAACGCGUGGAAGAGCUUAAUCCUAAUUUGCGUUAUUGCGCUUACAACAUUGGCGAUUCUAGCGCCCAGCAAGAUCUUUUGAAUAUGCGCAGCAAGGGUGGAAAAUCGGAAUUGGAUGUCUUGAUCGCUCAGACUCGUGAAAAGCAAGCGGCUAGCCUUCUGGAAGUUACGUGGCGAGGCCGUACAGUCCCCGUUCGUUUGGAGAAAAUUCGCGUAUUCUUAUUGGCAUUCCAAGCCCUUGAUUCUAGCAUGGGAAAAGCCAAUGACUUUGAAGCAAAAUUGUCGGGAUACGAAACCAUUUUGCUCGAUUGUAAAGAAGCUAUUCAGUCUUUAAAAGAGGAUUUGGCAGCGGUCGCGAAAACCAAGGUUGAUGUUCAAACACCUCAAUUGGGCUCGCAGCAAUACCUGCUGAGUUAUUUGACAUUUUUGCGAGCAACGCUGACUAUUGAUCGAAAUUUAGUGAUGGUUGAAGUAUUCAAGAAAAAUUUCGCCGCUUACCAGAGCGGUGAAUCGAAAAAAGUUGCCAAACCGCAAGAGGGUGUGAAACUUUAUGAAGCAAUGGUUCAAUUGUCUGGCGAGUUGCAAGGGCUGCAAGGAAUAGAGAAUGAUAAGAAAUUUCAAAACGACCUGGAGUUGCUUGUGAAAGUUUUCAAAGCCUUCCGUUGCUAUUACAUGGCGUUGACAUGCCAGGGCAACCGUCAGUGGGCCGAAGCUUUGGCUUUGUACCAGCGAGCUGAAACUUACAUCAACCAGACAGAAGGGAAAAAGCUCGGCGACUCUGAAUUUACCAAGUACAGCCGUGUGGGCCAAGAUUUAGUUCAUCUGCGCAGUCUCGUAAACUCAGGCAAAUGCGCAGCCCACGCCCAGAAUAUCCUCGGAGUAGAGGAUAUCAAUGCUGCCAUGAGUGGACUUACCGUGCGCUCUAAAAAGAGUUUAUCACUUCGACUGGACGAGUUUGUGGAAGAUUUAAGCUUAACUACCGCAACCCCUAAUGUCAUCAAGUUGCCACCGACUAUGGCACCCGUGCCUUGCAAGCCGCUGUUUUUCGAUCUUGCUCUUAACCAUAUUAGUUUCCCGUCAUUGGCGGAGAAUAUGGAAAACAAGAAGAGUACAGGAGCCGGAAUUACUGGAUUCGUCAAAGGCUUGUGGGGUUGGGGCGGCAAGAAAUGAGAUAUCCACCAGGUCAACGAGAAAUAAAGGGAACAUUUAUAGGUUCUCAAUUGCUAUUGGUGUAUUGGUGGAAAAAAAAAUACAAAUUCAUUUCAACCUUAA